AUGGAUUAUCUGACCAUUGAAGCUGAGGAAGAAGUCCUUCCAGCCAUUACUACUGAGGAUGCUUCUCUGCCCCAAAAACAGAACACAGAAGAAAUGGAACCUACUGUCGAGCUCCUUCCUGUUGAGUUCCAGGAAUUGGUGACAGUCAAGGAUGAGGAAAUGGAUUUCGCUCAUGUGGAAGAAGAACAGCUGAAUUCUGCCCAAAGGUACAUGGGCAUGGAUAUGAAAGUGGAGAAUUGUGGGAGCCUGGGACUUUAUGAAGAAGUGUCACCUGAAAGAGAGCUGAUAAUGGAGAGACUUAAAAAGGAUGAGUCCUGGGACUCCAGACUGAUAGAAGCCUGGCAAUGUGAAGGCACAUUAGAAAGGCAGCAAGGAAAUCAGAAGAAAGAUUUAAGGCAAGUCAUAAUUAAAAGCAAGAAAAACCCUGUGGAGGAUUGUAGUGAAACUGGGGAGAGUUCAAACCCAAUUCAACAUUGCAACAUUUACUCAGUGAAAAAGCCUUGGAAAUGCAAUGAAUGUGGGAAGUCCUUCAGUUACUACUCAGCCUUUAUCCUACAUCAGAGAAUUCAUACUGGAGAGAAGCCUUAUGUAUGUAACGAGUGUGGAAAGGCCUUCAGUCGGAGCUCAUCACUUAUUCAGCAUCAGAGGAUUCACACUGGAGAGAAACCCUAUGAGUGUAACGAAUGUGGGAAGGCUUUCAGUCAUCGGUCAGCCCUCAUCCAACAUCACAUCAUUCAUACUGGAGAAAAGCCCUAUGAGUGCAGUGAAUGUGGGAAGGCCUUCAACCAAAGCACAUACCUUAUUCAACAUCAUAGAAUCCAUACUGGAGAGAAACCCUAUAAAUGCAAGGAAUGUGGGAAAGCUUUCAAUGACACCUCAUCCCUUAUUAAACAUCAAAGGGUUCAUACUGGAGAAAAACCCUAUGGAUGUACAGAGUGUGGGAAAGCCUUUAGUGACAGGUCAGGCCUGACCCAACAUCAGAGAACUCAUACAGGGGAAAAGCCAUAUGAAUGCAGUGAAUGUGGGAAAGCUUUCAGCUACUGUUCAGCUCUUAUACAACAUCAAGGAACCCAUACUGGGGAGAAACCUUACAAAUGUAACGAAUGUGGGAAAGCCUUCAGUGACCGCUCAGCUCUUGUAAGACAUCAGAGAAUUCAUACUGGAGAGAAACCUUACAAAUGUAAAGAAUGCAAGAAAGCUUUCAGCCAGAGCUCAUCUCUUACAAAGCAUCUGAGAACUCAUACUGGAGAGAAACCGUAUAAAUGCAAUGAUUGUGACAAAGCCUUCAGCCAGAGUUCAUCUCUUAUUCAACACCAGAAAACCCAUACGGGAGAAAAACACUACAAGUGUAAGAAAUGUGAGAAAACCUUUAGUGUGCGUUCAGCCUUUCAUCAACACAAAGAAAUUCAUGAUGGAUGGGGUGGUCAUCGGAGGGGCGCGGACCGCAGCGCGGGUCCGGCCGGGAACCUCGAGAGGGGAGCCCGGCCCCUAGGGCCGCAGCAGGUGGACACUGAGGACUUCCUGGAGGAGGUGGCGCGGCGGAGGGUCAGAGGUGCGGAGCAGUCCAGCCUGAUGGCGGCAAUCCUGCCCCAUCUCGGAGACCAGGACUUGGAAGCUGUAUUCCUGACAGCUGGGUGGAAGGAGUUGCUGUCCUUUGAGGAUGUGGCUAUGUACUUCACCAGAGAAGAGUGGAACAAACUUGAGUGGGCUCAGAAGGACCUCUACAGAGAUGUGAUGCUGGAGAAUUACAGAAACAUGAUCUUGUUGGGAUUUCAGUUUCCCAAACCUGAGGUGAUCUGCCUGCUGGAGCAGUGGGAAGAACCAUGGAUCCUGGAUCUACCAAGAGCUGGGACUAGGAAGGCUUCCAGUAGUGCUUGCCCAGGUUCUGAAGCCAGAUGCAAGAUGAAAAAGCCAACUCCAAAGCAGAAAAUUUCUGAAGAUUUAGAGUCGUCAGUGGUGAAGCAGACAACGGCCAACAGAUCUGCAGAAGAGUUACAUAAAUGUAAUGAAUUGGUGGACAUUUACAGACUUGGAUUCCCCACUCUUGGUGAUGAAUGCCACAAGGACUUCCUUCAAAACCUCCAACUUACUCAAGAUCAGAGUGCUCAAAUAAGGAAGAAGCAGGGCAAAUGUGAGGAGUAUGGAAAACCUUUUAGUCAGAGAUCGUUGCUUUUGCGGCAUAAGCAAACUCUUACAAACGCAAAAUCUUAUGAAUGCGGUGAAUGUGGAAGAGUCUUCAGGCGUCAGGCAAAUUUCAUUCGACAUCAAAGAAUUCACACAUCAGAGGAUCCCUUUGAAUGCGACAUAUGCGGGCAAGCCUUCAAACAUAAAUCUACUCUUCUUGUCCAUAAACAGUGUCACCCUCAAAAAAAGCCAUAUAAGUGUCAUGACUGUGGAAAAUUUUUCCGUCAGAUGGCAUAUCUUAUUGAACAUAAGAGGAUCCAUACCAAAGAAAAACCCUAUAAAUGUAGUGAGUGCGAAAGAACGUUUAGUCAGAAUUCAACCCUUAUUCGACAUCAGUUAACCCACAGUGGAGAAAAACCCCAUAAAUGUCUCGAAUGUGGAAAGGCCUUUGGUCGGCAUUCGACCCUUCUGAGCCAUCAACAGAUUCAUACUAAAAACACUCACAAAUGCAGCGAAUGUGGAGAGUCCUUUAGCCGGAAUGUGGAUCUCAUUCAGCAUCAAAGAACCCAUACCAAGGAAGAAUUUUUUGAAUGUAGAGAAUGUGGAAAAACUUUUAGUUUUAAGGCAAAUCUUCAUCGCCAUGAGGUCAUUCAUACUGGAGAGAGACCCUACAGAUGUGACAAAUGUGGCAAAUCUUUCAUCUGGCGCACAAGCUUUAUUAAGCAUCAGGGUACUCACAGAGAACGGAUAUCAAUGUGAUACUAACUGGAAAAAGAC